GAGGCACUCAUACUCCUCUGCCUCUGGAGAGGAAACAACUAUGGCCUGGAGUUUCCGAGGGAGAGUCCAGCUUGGGGGACUGCUUCUCUCUUUCCUUGGCUGGGUCUGCUCCUGUAUCACCACAAUCCUGCCCCAGUGGAAGACUCUCAAUCUGGAAUUGAACGAAAUGGAGACCUGGAUUAUGGGGCUUUGGGAGGCCUGUGUGAAUCAGGAGGAAGUUGGCACGGUAUGCAAAGGCUUUGAGUCCUUCUUGUCUCUGCCCCAAGAGCUCCAGGUAUCCCGCAUCCUCAUGGUAGCCUCCCAUGGGCUGGGACUGUUGGGCCUUCUGCUUUCUGGCUGUGGAUCUGAAUGCUUCCAGUUUCACAGGAUACAUUGGAUAUUUAAGAGGCGGCUAUGCCUCUUGGGAGGAUCCUUGGAAGCAUCAGCUUCAGCCACUACCCUCUUUCCAGUCUCCUGGGUGGCCUAUGCCACAAUCCGAGACUUCUGGGAUGACAGUAUCCCUGAGAUUGUACCACGGUGGGAGUUUGGAGAUGCCCUCUACCUGGGCUGGGCUGCUGGUAUUUUCCUGGCUCUUGGUGGACUAAUCCUCAUCUUCUCCGUGUGCCUGGGAAAAGAAGAUGUGCCUUCUCCGUGGAUGGCCCAUCACACAGCCCCACCAUCCUGCACUCAACCAGAGGAAUUUGAUGGCUCCUUCCACCUCACCCCAAGACCUAUGAACCUGCUCAUCUAGGACUGCGUCUGCCAAGGAAUCCCUGCAAUAAAGAAAUGUCAGUAGAAACCCUUCUCUUCCUUAUCCUUUAUCACUUCUUUUUUGCUCACCUACUUUUGGGGGAAGGUUGCCAUCCCAUCUGUUGAGAACUUGAUUAUCUUGGUGAUACAGUGAUCUUCAUUUCAGAAUGAAAAAUUAA